AUGUCUAUUGUAACAAUAUUUGUACAAAGUGAUAACGCGUCUUCAGAAAGGAGAUUCGACAAGAGUCUUAGCAUCAAACAAUUAAAAGCGAAACUCGAAACCAUUACUGGUAUACCACUCGACUCCCAAUCAUUGCAAUUAUAUAAUGGAGAUACACUAGUAGCUUCAGUUGAAGGAGAUGAUUACAUGUUAGGUGCCUUUCCUGUAGAUAAUUUUAUGACGCUAAAGGUUGUAGACACUAGUCCAUCCAACCUCAGGAAUCAAUAUACUGACGUAUCCCUCGUAGAAAAAUAUGAAAUGCCCGAGGAAGAGUACGCAAAACGGAGGUUUGCCGAUGAUCUCUCUUCCACCUCAGAUUCAACUCACACAUUCGAGGAGGAAGCAAAGAAUAUUAAAGUAGGUGAUCGUUGCGAAGUUGAUUUCGGUGACGAAGGAGAAACCAAGUUUAAGCCAGGUCAUUGGGUGGGUAUUCAGUAUGAUGAACCAAUUGGCAAACAUGAUGGAGUUGUUCAAGGUGAAAGAUAUUUUUCGUGCCCCGACAAGUAUGGCGCUUUCGUCAGACCAAACAAAGUUAAAGUCGGCGAUUAUCCUGAAGAAGAAUUUGAAGAAAUGUAA